AUGGAGAACGAUGUCACAGAUACGGAAGGUAUCCAGAACACGAGAAGCCCUCUGCUCGAGGUGCCAAAUGAGAUCCUCCAACACAUCGCAAUCCUCCUGCCUAGCGAUUGGGACAUCAUCAAGCUCGCUUUGACAUGCAAAGAGAUCAAAGACAGGAUCCUAGGUCCAGAUUGCUCGAAUGCAUCAUUCUGGGGAACCCGUUUCCAACAAAUAUAUGACAUGCCCCAAGGACGAAGUUCCCGCGAAGUGAUGAUGGAGUAUCAGACCCGUUCAAUUGUGCUCCAACCAAUCGACUUCCGGCGAUACAACUAUGACCAACAGCAACUCUGGCUUCAGGUCAUCAAAACUAUGCUGAAAGAGGUAUUGAAUCUGCCUUUACCCGUGGGAGCUACGUCGAAGACCUACGAACAGCUUCGCGAGGCAGUCCGUAGCUCCAAGUUCCUGAGUAGACCGAACACCAAGCACAAGAUCAAGGGAAUCUCGGCUUACUAUUACCGCAUACAGCUGUGCCUAUCUGCCUUUGCUCUCGAUUCGACAGUCUCCCCAGCUGGCUUCCGUGACGAGUACAGCAUCGCCUCAGUAUAUUCUUCCCAUCGUUACUACCCAGAGCUCGAGGUACCGUUCAUCCAGCAUGACCGUUUGGAUCUUAUCGUACUGUUGGGAAUGCGCAGCUUCUGGGCGAGACAUCUCCUGAGCCCCACCGAAGGAACCUUCUACGACUCUUUCUCCAACCUGGCAUAUGACCUCAAGCCCAAGAUUCGAAAGACGGACGGAACCAAGGCCACAGACCUAAGCAAAUCCUGGAUUGGCUACUACUCUUGCCUCCACCCACUGCCGAUUCCAUUCCAUCAUGAACAACGCCGACAGACAUGCGCAGACCUAGACUCACACUGGGACCAAGUUGACAUCCUAUCCCUCGAGAUCGAAUCGCAGACAUACGAGUCAUUUUGGCCUGCGGAAUGCGAAGAGCUUGUUCCCCGAUGCGGAGGGCCCGAUAUCAAACGGUUGUACUUCCAUGGCUACCAGAACACGCGCGGUGCAAGCCAUGAUGCAGCCAAUCCCAUGUUUGGCUUUGUUGAGCCAAUCGAAAAUGACGAUGUUGACUUUCCUGGAUGGUCUCGCAUUUGUUUUGUGAUCUGUGAAAAGACGGAAGGCAACGAGCAAUCGACUUGGUCUUCGGGGUCGCCUCGCUGGGUCCACGGGUACGAGGCUGUUAUCAUCCCCGGAGGAAGAUUUAUGCUGGGACGGUGGAUUGACAUGAAGAACACCUCUGGCAGAGGCCCGUUUAUCUUCUGGGACGUGUGA